AAACUGCAAGGCUUCAGCUUCACAGAAUCUUCUGAGUUUCUGCAAUGCUUUAAUGAUUAUGACAUCGAACUCAAGUGCAGUUUUUUGGCUGAACCCAGCAGUUGUUCCCAAUACAAACUCAGUGCCACAAGAUUAAACACAGAAAGGUUGUAUACAUGCCAUUUUAUCGAAAUCCAUCGCGGUGAAUGUGAAUGCAGCCUCCAAGUGAAGGACGGGUUUGUCAUGUACGAGAUAUUAGUAAUAAACCUGUUGAAAGGAGACGAGAUUUACUACACGACAAACAUGAAGACUGAAGAAAGCAUUAAACCUAGAAGACCGAUCAUCACGUCAGUCAUUCAGAAGAAGAACGGAGACUUUUCUGUUAACUUGAACACCACCUACCCAGACAGGAAAACCUUUUUGGACUACAUGGAUGUGGAGCUGCAAUACGGUAUUGUUGGAAGCAAUGUUUACGUGACAGAGCAUGUUGUAAAUGUUCGCAAUCCGCUGGAGAUUGUGGGCAGAAAACUUCAAUCUAAUUCCAAGUAUAUCAUAAAAGCGAGAGUGAAGUCAAACUACCCCUCUAAGAUGUUCAGUGACUACAGCGAACCGUUUGUGUUUUCUACACCACAAUCAUUACAAAAUAUUCUCAGGAUAAUUAUACCAACAUUAUGUAUCCUCCUGAUCAUUUGUAUAUCUUCAGUCUACUUCUGGUUCAACAGAAUCAUAAAACCCUGGUGGGACAAGGUUCCUAUGCCAAAAUUUUCUACAAAUUUUGUAAAACAGGUCCCACAACUGCUGUCAUUUCAAACCGAGUUCUCGUCUCUCAGUCUUGAUUCAUUAGCAAACCACAUCAGCAAGAACACAUGUGUGGAGAUCCAGAGUGAAGAUCCUUAUAAAUUCUAUAAUCCCAGUACGGGGAAAGGCAUCGAAACGGCAUCACUGACGUACUUAUUGGCAAGCCAUCAGAGUGUGAACACAAACGGCUCUGAACAUACUGGGUUUAAACACCAAUCUACAAACACCAACCAAUCGUGUAGAAAUCAGCAAUCUGAUGAGUUAAGCUCAGGAGUCUGGAAGCAGGAAUCAGGAAUCAGCAACAAGACCUAUCUGCAAUUGGGAAAGUCCAGCAUCUCAUCCAUUUAUAAACAGCCAGCAAACCAGGAUUCGAGCGAGAACUCCGAGGUUUCCUCUGAGAAUCUGCAGAUGGAUUUUGAGUACUACAAGUGUGGUGGUUCUACAACCGCUGGAAACUACAAACUGAUUUCCGUCACACCACCCAACACUGAGAGGUCUGUGGAUCUUCUAGAUCACGGCAUAGGAGAUGUAGUUGACCACAAGGCUCUUAGCUAUUGGAAUGAUUGGAAGUCAUUUAACGGCAAGAAACCACAGGAUGUUCUGUUUUCUGCCAACGAUGACAUCGUUAUUCCAAUGGAAGAUGGAUAUCAAGCGAUUUGAAAUUCAAUCCAUGAAACACUGGAGAAUAAAAACACUACAACGUUAUAAUUUAAUUUAUUGCUCCAGAGCAAUAUUAUAUCAGAGCGAUCGUCUUAUUUUGCAUAUCUUUUCAGGCAUUCAAAUGGACUCAGGUUUUCAUGUGACGGUGCAAGCUAGAACUUCCUUGGGUAUAUUUA